AUGCAUUCAAGGGUGUUUUAUUUUCCUGGGAAGGAAAGCGGGCCUGACUACCAACCUCGUAUUUCCCGUCACGUGAAUGAGAAACUUCGUCAAUCCUCACCUCAGGCUCGCUCAUCAAGAACUUCUUUGCAAAGAAAUGAACAACCAUAUGUGCCUGUACUGAACACCUCCCCACAGGUGAUGCAAAAAGUCGAAAGCAGAAGUCCGUCUCGCGCAAAUGCGACGCGCCCAACGCGCGCCUCCUCUUUUUCUUCACUCACACCACACGGAUCACAGGUGGUGUCACCAUCACGACUUCGCUAUGUAGGAGCUGAGUUGACGAAACGAGUGAGUCCCAGUGACCUCCUUUGUGAAGCGUCUGUGGCAAAGUUUCGUCAGCAAAGCUCUUCGCAGUGUGUUCGGGACUCACUGAGGCAUCCUAAAGCAUUGAACACACUCCCAGUGAAUUAUGAAUCGUUCAGCGCAGUCCUACCUUGUUCGCUUCAUCCUCUGUUGCAACAAGCGUUGCUGCUGAUCGAGUCUACAGAGCUCGAAGAACGCCUGGCAUUUUGUCAGGAGGAGAUGGAUGCCUUUGAUUCAAUAAUCGCCUUACACGGUGUGGCGAAGGAGGUCGAGGUUAUUCGCGUUGCUGCCUUUGAAAUGUUUCACAUCGAAAGGGCGUCCCGACGCGCACUCAAGCGUCAAGAGCGACAUGAACGGCAGAUUCUCCGCCUUUGGUACUCCGAGAGCUACGAAGAUGCUCUGCUCUCGGGAGAAGUGCGGAUAAUUCGGCAGAAAUCUGAGGAAUCAAAAAUCUAUUUCGGUCACUCGCUUUCGCGCUCGCGAAGCACUUUUCGGCAACAGCAAUCACAGGAUCUUUUUGGUAUGGCUGCGCCUCGGAAUGGCUCUCCCUCGUCGAAAAAAGUGUCACGCUCACAAAAAAGUGACAACACCGCUCGCAUGGCUUCGUUUUUAUUCUCUGCAUCGGAAAGGCAAGAAGGCAUUCACGGCUCUUCUACAGACAACUAUGGCGAAGUGCUGCACAGCUCCCCUCGAGCGUUGUCGCCGAUGCCAUCAGAGCCUUAUUUUUCACACACCGUCGGCUCAUCUCGUUUGUUGCACAGAUCUAGCGACUCGGUAAACGUUGCAGAUAGGCGGCGGUAUUAUCGCGAGUACGGUGACCGUAGUUGGAGGACACUUGGAAGCAUUGAGGCUGACCUGGAAGAUCGAAUUGCCAGACAAGAGGCUUUACUGGUACCUGCAAGACAGAGCUAUCAAAGUAGCUCCCCCUUUUCUCUGAUUAGACAUCAGGCUCCCCUGCUGCUGCCGACGUCAUCAGAGGAUUAA